UAUUAUUUACGGUAUUGGUGUCCUCGGGACGUAGGAAAGCAAAGGGAGAUUUCAAUAUGCGCGCGCUUAGUUUGGCCAUUUUGUCACUUAUUAACCUUUAGUUGUGGCACUUUCCCAUAAAUAAUGUCCAUCCUAAUUUAAUUAUUACCUUAAUCAUUCAGGUAAAUGACAAAAGUUUCAAUGUGGUGGAAGAGUGAGUACUUAGUUAACAGAUGAAUGUACCUGACCGACGGCAGCCAUACGAAAGUUACGUGUACUAUUUGGGAAGCGAAAGCAUUUGCCGCCGGAAGGUUUGUUGUAGUCGAAGUAUCCAUACAGUUUUAUUUUCAUCAGUGAAUCAACGCGUCGAAGUUCCUGAGUGUUUGUUAAGUUCGGUCAGUUGGUGUAUUAAUCAUUAGUGCUAUAAUUUCCGUAAAAUACGUUGUGAUGUGAAUGGAAAAGACAAUAAUAUGUGUACGUUUUACUCGCCCCAAGAUGGCUGCCGACGGAAUUUAUUUUACGUAUUUACUAUAACUGAUAGCAAUCUAGCUUCAAUUUCGACAAGUUCACGAUAGUUUCUGGACAAUUUAUUGCUUGUCGGUUGAGGGCGUCCUUUUUUGAAGUUUGUUUUAUCAAAAUUGAAUCGCAUUUAACAAAAUUUAUAGAAUUGGUAUCGUCUCCCGCCGGAACCUGUAUCAACUGCGUUAAUGUUCACCUAGUUUAAAAGUGAAACGAACGUUUUUUGACGUUUUAAUUGAAAUUUUGAGGUAUGUGUGAACCAGAGGAAGUAUCUCAGGAAGUUUGGUCUUCUUGGAUUUUAGACGCAAUAAGAAAAAUACGUUCUCAAAAACAGCGACCUAGUGUAGAAAGAAUAUGUCAUGCUAUCAGACAACAUCAUAAUAAUUAUCAUGAAGAUGUAAUUGGAGAACACUUGGAAAUUGCAGUGAAAGAAGGGUCAGUCUUGAAAGUAUUCAAUAAAGGACAGAGUUCGUAUAAAGACCCUGGUGGUUUGCAAAAUAGAACUCUGAAAAUAGAACAGGGUGCUGAUUUAACGAAAGUUGUGACCAAGGCAGUUCGGGAGUUGGGUGAACGAGAUGGCUCUUCCUUAAAAUCAAUUGAGAAAUAUAUAAGACAAUCUCACAAUGUAUUGGAGAGCCCUGAAAAUGACUUAAAAGGGGCAAUUCGUACGUCCGUUAAGCGCGCUGUUAGUAGAAAUUAUGUCAUCCAAGAUGGUAAAAAUUUCAAAUACAAUUAUAACCAUCAGAGUCCCAGCGUCAAGAAGAAAGAUACACCCAAGAGGCUGUCGCAGCAUGUGGAUGAUCUUAACACACUUCCCAAGAUAGACCAUUCAGAUUAUCGAAUAAGAGAAACCACUCAGACAUAAAUGAGAUCAAUAAUACCCCAGUAUCAGUGU